AUGAAAUGGCUUAUUUUGGUGAAGUUGCUUGUAGUUGCGUUCAAAGCUACACGGUCGCAAUUUAUAUACUCCAUGUACAACAUAAGUUCAGUGCCUCCACUUGAAAAUCUAUGCGGCUUGUCUAAGGCACAAAUCGCUGCAGCUCAGCAAAGUUGUACCGUGAAAAAAGGUUCGUCAUCGUCACCGAAACAACCAACAACGCACGUGUUAGCGGAGUGCUCGGACAAAGAGUGCUCUGCAGAGCGGCAACGAGAGCUCAUCGAUUGUUUAACCACCGAAGCGAUCGCCAGCAAGAACCUCGACGAUCAGCUGGCGCUGGACGUGAAGUCGCUGGUCGGCCAGCUGGCUGCUGCCACGGACGAACGGGAAAAGUCAACGGCCAUACUGUUCGAAGUGGCAAACCGAAUGAACGUAGCCAACUGCGAAUACUGUGAGUCUGUGUGGGCGGCCGACACAGCGUCUCGCCAGCUGGCUGAGCAGCGCGACGUCGUCCGCUGCGCCCAGGCACUAGUGAACAACCUCACUGCCCAGCUAGCCGAGGCCAAGGAAUCUAUGACAGCCUACGUCCAUUUAAAGGAUGACACGGACGAAUUCAGCGUGUACGCCACCGGAUACCAGUCAAAUAAUAACGAGCACCGGCCUGCCGUCGGUACCGGAAGUGGUGUCGUCGGUGGCGUCAACCACGCGACCGUCGUUGAUGCGACGGCGAAGCCGCCGCCCAAAGAUUUCAUGGCACAGCAGCCGCCGCCUCCGUAG